UAUAAUGAUACAAUAAAUAACAAAGCAAUUAAUCAAUCAUUAUUUAUGAAUAAGAUGCCAUCACUAGUAGAAUUAAAUCUCUCUGGUUGCAAGAGUAUAUUAUCAAGAAACUUAUAUUGUUUAAAAACAGCAUUUCAAAAUUUAAAAAUAUUUUCAUUAGCCAAGGUUUUCCUUUCAGAUGAUGAUGGUGCACUUUUAGUUCAAACAUUACCCUCAACAUUAAUUUCGUUAGAUCUUUCAUUUAAUCCAAUUGCCAAAUCAACUAUUAGAGCACUCUUACCAAAUUCAAAAAACUUUACAUCAUUUCACUUAAAAUCAUUAUCUCUAGGCUACUGUCGUUGUAUAGAUUGGAUGGAUUUAGCAUAUGUUGUCACUGGCUUAUAUAAACAUUUAGAAUAUCUUUCAAUACCGGGUUGCUUCCAAUUAGACCAGUCAUUUUUAGAUAUAUUAUUGUCAUCUCCAUUCUUUAGUAGCAGUAGUACUCUAUAUAAUAGCAAUAGAAAAAGUAUAGGAAUAGUUGCAUUAAAAACUUUAGAUAUCAGCUUUUGUUCUCAAUUCUUAUCAAGUUCCACUUUAUCAAAAAUUAAUCAAAAUUGUAAAUUUCAAAUUUUAAAAAAUAAUAUUAAAGGUUUUAACCAUAAUCAUAUUUAUAAUUAUUUAAAUUAAAAUAUAUUUUUUAUAAUAAUAAAUUUAAUAAAAUAUAUAAAAAUAAAUAAAAAAAUUUUUACUUUUUUUAAAAUAUAAA